ACUUGGACUCUACAUAUAUCUCCCAAAAUUUAUGUUAAAAGUCUAAAUAAAUAAUCUCCUCAAUAUCAAAAUAAUAAUAAUAGUGUCUUAUCAAACUCUGUCACUGUAAAUGCGACAUAAAUAGUAAUGACUGAAAGAACUGAUGAUGUUCAUGAUAGCGAUUAUAAAUCUUCAUAAAAUGUCGAGAGUAGUACUUUCAACAAAUUGGGCCAAAUACUACGCAAAAUAUUCAUCAAUAUCUGUUGUUCAAACUCUGAAUACUUCACUUUGUCAUACAAGAAGAAAAAUGAGCCAACAUGAAAAUGAAAAUCUUCCAUCUGAUUUUCCUACUAUUACAACAAAACCAAGUAUCUUUGAACCCCAUCGAUGUCCAAUCAACAGUGGAGAAUUCACCAUUUGUAUUGAAUUUCGAUGCUAUUCCAUCUAUAAGACCAGGUGAAAAUCCUCCAACGCCAUCACCGUCACCAUCACCAACUGCACCGCGAACCGAUAGUCCUGAAUUUACUGAUCCGCCAAACAUUUCUCCACCUAGCCGUGAUGCACCACGAUCGCCCACAUCACCGCCUGGACAGCCAGAAGCGUUCCCACCACGUUCUCCGGAUGCCACGCCUCCUAAACAACCUCCGGAUCCUGGAGAGCAAAUUAGAACAUUGAAUGUUAGAUUUGAGUAAUAAAAGGACAUUUCAGUGUACUAAAGUUCUUGUUGCGUACAUGGUGCUUUCCAUAUCUCUCCGGGUGCGCAAUGACUCCUAAACAACCUCCGGGUCCUAGAGAGCAAAUUAGAACAUCUAAUGUUACAUCUCAAUAGUUAAAGGACAUCUCAGUGUAUUAAAGUUCUUGUUAUGUAUAUGAUACAUUUCAUCCUGUUUUGAGUGCUAGGAGAUCGAGUAAAUUAGAACAUUGAAUGUUAGAUUUGAGUAGUAAAAGGACGUUUUAGUGUAGUAAAGCUCUAGCUACACGCAUGACGCUUUUCAUUUCGCUCCGGGCGUGCUACGCCUCCUAAGCAACCUCCGAGUCCUAGAGAGCAAAUUAGAACGUCUAAUGUUAGAUCUAAUACAGUAAAAGGGCAGUUUAAACUCCGGAUCCUAAAUGGU